AUGAAUACUUUUGAGAGAGAAACUAACGAAGAAGAUUCUACCAGCCCUUUAAAGUUUGCACCUCCGAUAAAAAAUAUGGCUAAUGUUAAGGAUAGAGCAAAACUUUUACCAAGAGCAAAGAGACACAGAAGGCUUCAAGGCUUCUUGACUAUGAAGAAGAGUAAGCCGAUGGAUCUGAAGAAUAAAACAAUGAGAGAUCGAUUAGAAGAGAAAAUGUUCUAUUACUAUGGCAAUUAUAGUACUAAUGGAUUUACUUUUGAUGAGCAUAUGGGUUUUGAAGAAAUAGGCCAAGAGCUAUUCAAUAUUGAUGAAGGCAAUGGCUUGAGGAAAAGGAAGAUAAUUCCUAAGUAAUGAUCCAAAUUGGUCUAGAAUUGCAGACCUGAUUUUGAGAUGGAAAGGAAAAUCUUUUGCAAGAGCGUUAAAAAGAAUUAAUCAUGAGCAUUCACUACUCAAUCAGUAUGAUAGUACUGAAUUUUUAAGAGAUGAGGGCUACUCUCCAGUUCUCACCGAACAGAAAUCGCCUUUAGAAUUAAAAUAAAAGUCUGAAGGACAAAAAAGAACUAAGCAUAGAAAUAGGAAAUACAAAGAAGGAUAUUAGAGAAGUAAUCUCCAAAUGUAUUUACAACAAAGUUGAGCACAUUAGAAAGACACGCAAAACUUCUGUUUAUCAAAAAGUAACCCACCUGCUAAACUGUGAGAAGAAAGAGGUUAUUUCAAGAAGAAGAAGACCAUCUAGUUUACAGCCCAGACAGAGAGAUAUCAGGCAACUUAGUUCUAGGAGAAUUAAGAAAUUAAAAGAGCAAAAGAAAAGUCAUUCAGUCUCUAAAAAGAAAAGACAGAUUUAUUUUGAGGGCAAAAUUAAUCGAUUUGGGGAUAAGAAAUAUAACCAAGAAAUAAAAACGAAUAAAUUCUUGGAUAUUUCCAAAGUGAUUGCUAGAAACAAAGCUUAUGAACGAAGAUCAGCACUUAGCAAUUACUCUGUAAAGAGGAAAAAGAAAUGAAGGAAGUUCAAGAAUAAGAACACGAGCAAUAAAGGCAAAGAUCUUUAUAACGACUCUUCAUAUGUUGUAAAAACUACGCCUAAAUCUAUUAAGUUGUCAGGAAAGUCUAAUAGAAUCAGAGAUUUUUCAACUUUUCAAGUAGAAAGUUUACUAGAUACUUAUAAUCCAGAGAAUAGACCCAAUACUGGAAUGAGAAAAAGAGAUAACAAAGAAGCCAGUCUAACUCAUAAAGGUUCGAUGUAUCAUAAAAUGCUUUAUCUGCAGAAUGAUCAGACCAAUAGUCCAAACACAAGAGAUAAUAUCAUAGCUUCUUCUAAACAUAGAAAGAAGUCUACACAUCAAAAGAAAGUGCAAUCAUUUAAGGUGAAAAAGAGUUGCUAUAGCUUUAAGGGAAUAAGGAAGAGUGUUUUUGAGAAGAAUAAGAUCAGCUUACUUUCAGAUGGCAUCCUUAAAAAGAGAUUUUCAGGAUAUCCUUAUUCAGCAGCAUGAAGUCCUUUAAAAAGUUAUCAUCCAUAAUUAUAAUUCAAUGCUGAA